GAUGUUAUCCCGCUCCUAAGCCCGGGCCUGCGGGCUCGGCCGGAGUCGGUGUGGGUGGGCGGCGGGUGUGUCCGGGUUGGCAUACUAUGUGGGGCAGCGAACGCCUGGUGGGUGCGGGUGGGGCGGCCGUGACUGUGGCCUUCACCAACGCUCGCGACUGCUUCCUCCAUUUGCCGCGGCGCCUCAAUCAAGCUAUCGAAGUAGCAUGGGGUCACCAGCCUGCAUUCUUGAGCUGGGUGGAAGGCAGGCAUUUUAGUGAUCAAGGUGAAAAUGUGGCUGAAAUUAACAGACAAGUUGGUCAGAAACUUGGACUCUCAAAUGGGGAACAGGUGUUUCUCAAGCCAUGUUCCCACGUGGUGUCUUGUCAACAAGUUGAGGUGGAACCUCUCUCAGCAGAUGAUUGGGAGAUACUGGAACUGCAUGCUGCUUCUCUGGAACAGCAUCUUCUAGAUCAAAUUCGAAUAGUUUUUCCAAAAGCCAUUUUUCCUGUUUGGGUUGAUCAACAAACUUACAUAUUUAUCCAAAUUGUUGCACUCAUACCAGCUGCUACUUACGGAAGGUUGGAGAAUGACACCAGACUCCUCAUUCAGCCAAAGACCCGCCAAGCCAAAGAGAGUACAUUUUCAAAAGCAGAUAAUACACGUGAAACAUUUCACAAUUAUGGAAGAGAUCAUAAAGGAUUGGCAAAAGAACUCCAAACCAAGCAACUUCAGUCAAAUACUAGAAGAGUCACUGGGUGUAAUGAAACAGAUCCCGAGGAUACAAUGGACUCACCAUCAGUCCCAAGCUUAUGGUCUAUGAUAGGAAGCAUCUUUUCUUUUGGGUCUGAGAAGAAACAAGAGACCUACUGGGGUGUAACUGAAAUCAAUGCAUUCAAAAAUAUGCAGUCACAUGUUGUUCCUCUAGGAAAUAUUUUCAGAGUGUGCAAAUCUCAGCCUCCCAGCAUAUGCAACGCAUCAGCAACGUCUGUGUUUCACAAACACUCUGCCAUUCAUGUAUUUCCAUGGGACCAAGAAUAUUUUGAUGCAGAGCCCAGCUUUACUGUGACCUAUGGAAACCUAGUUCAACUGCUUUCUCCAAAGCAACAGCAAAGUAAAACAAAGCAAAAUGUCCUGUCACCUGAAAAAGAGAAGCAGGCGUCAGAACCAUUAGAUCAAAAACAAGUUAGCCCAGACCAUAGUGAAGUAGCGGGUAAGACCUGUGUGCUAAAGGUAGUCUGGAAUGGACUUGAGGAAUUGAAGAAUGCUAUAAAAUACACCAAAAAUGUAGAAGCUCUUCAUCUUGGGAAAGUUUGGAUUCCAGAUGACCUGAGAAAGAGACUAAAUAUAGAAAUGCAUGCAGUAGUCAGGAUAACUCCAGUGGAAAUGAUCCCUAAAAUCCCAAGAUCUCUAAAAUUACAACCUAGAGAAAACUUACCUAAAGACAUAAGUGAAGAAAACAUAAAAACUGUGUUCUCUUCAUGGCUACAGCAGUCUACUACAACCACACUUCCUUUGAUAAUAUCAGAGGAAGACUAUAUUAAGCUGGAAAUUAAAGAUGGAUUGAAGGAGUUUUCUCUGAAUAUAGUUCAUUCUUGGGAAAAAGAAAAAGAAAAGAAUAUUUUUCUGUUGAGUACUAAUCUGCUGCAGAAGAUCACAAUACAAGUCCUUCUAGAUCCUAUGCUAAAAGAAGAAAACAGUGAGGAAAUUGACUUUAUUCUUCCUUUUUUAAAGCUGAACUGCUUGGGAGGAGUGAAUUCCUUAGGUGUAUCCUCCAUGGAGCACAUCACUCAUAGUCUCCUGGGACGCCCUUUGUCUCGGCAGCUAAUGUCCCUUGUGGCUGGACUUAGGAAUGGAGCCGUUUUACUCACAGGAGGAAAGACAUUUGGUAGUUUGUCGUUUUUGAGGAAUUGUUCUAUUCUAAGUUGUCGAAUUUAUGAGUAUGAAAUUGUUCUCAGAAAAAGGCUUGAAAACAUACAAAAAACCCUAGAGGCAGCUUUCUCAGAGGCUGCCUGGAGGCAGCCUUCUGUUGUUCUGCUGGACGACCUGGAUCUCAUUGUUGGCCUGCCUGCUGCACCGGAGCACGAGCGGGGUCCUGAGGUGGUGCAGAGCCAGCGGCUGGCGCAUGCUUUGAACAAUAUUUUGAAAGAGUUUAUUUCCAUGGGAAGUUUGGUUGCACUGAUUGCCACAAGCCAGUCUCAACAUUCCCUGCAUCCUUCACUUGUUUCUCCUCAGGGAAUUCACAUAUUUCAGUGUGUCCAGCAUAUCCAUCCUCCUGAUCAGGAACAAAGAUGUGAAAUUCUGCAUAAUGUAAUAAAAAAUAAACUGGACUGUGAUAUAAACAAGUUCACUGACCUUGACCUGCAACAUAUAGCUAAAGAAACUGAAGGGUUUGUGGCCAGAGAUUUUACAGUGCUCGUGGAUCGAGCCAUACAUUCUCAUCUCUCUCAUCAGAGUAUAUCCACCAGGGAAGAAUUGCUUUUAACAACACUGGACUUCCAAAAGGCUCUCCAAGGAUUUGUUCCUGCAUCUCUGCGAAACGUCAACCUGCAUAAACCUCAGGACCUGGGCUGGGAUAAGAUUGGUGGAUUACAUGAAGUUCGGCAGAUCCUUAUGGAUACUAUCCAGUUACCAGCCAAGUACCCAGAAUUAUUUGCAAACUUGCCCAUACGACAGAGAACAGGAGUACUGUUGUAUGGCCCUCCUGGAACAGGAAAAACCUUACUAGCUGGGGUAAUUGCACGAGAGAGUGGAAUGAAUUUUAUUAGUGUCAAGGGGCCAGAGUUACUCAGCAAAUAUAUUGGAGCAAGUGAGCAAGCUGUUCGGGAUAUUUUUACUAGAGCUCAGGCUGCAAAACCCUGCAUUCUUUUCUUCGAUGAAUUUGAAUCCAUUGCUCCUCGGCGAGGCCAUGAUAAUACAGGAGUCACAGACCGUGUGGUUAAUCAGUUGCUAACUCAGCUGGAUGGAGUAGAAGGCUUACAGGGUGUUUAUGUGUUGGCUGCUACUAGUCGCCCUGACUUGAUUGAUCCUGCGCUGCUUAGGCCUGGCCGACUAGAUAAAUGUGUAUACUGUCCUCCUCCUGAUCAGGUGUCACGUCUUGAAAUUUUAAACGUUCUCAGUGGCCCUCUACCUCUGGCAGAUGACGUGGACCUGCAGCAUGUGGCCUCCGUAACUGACUCUUUUACGGGGGCUGAUCUGAAAGCUUUACUGUACAAUGCCCAGCUAGAGGCCUUGCACGGACGGCUGCUGUCCUGUGGACUCCCAGAUGGAAGUUCCAGUUCCGACAGUGACCUAAGUCUGUCUUCAAUGGUUUUUCUUAACCACAGCAGUGGCUCUGACGAUUCAGCUGGGGAUGGAGAGUAUGGCUUAGAGCAGUCUCUUGUUUCUCUAGAGAUGUCUGAAAUGCUUCCAGAUGAGUCAAAAUUCAAUAUGUACCGGCUCUACUUUGGAAGCUCUUAUGAAUCGGAACUUGGGAAUGGAACCUCUUCUGAUUUGAGCUCACUGUGCCUGUCUGCACCAAGCUCCAUGACUCAGGAUGCUCCUGGGAAAGAUCAGUUGUGUUCACGGCCUCCAGUGUUCAGAACAGCUUCACAAGACGGUUACCAAGAACUUACCCAGGAACAAAGAGACCAACUGAGAGCAGAUAUCAGUGUUAUCAAGAGCAGAUACCGGAGCCAAAGUGGAGAGGAUGACUCCCUUCACCAACCAGGACCAGCCAAAACCAGCCUGGCCAUCAGUCAGUCGCAUUUACUGACCGCACUCAGUCAUACCAGGCCAUCCAUUACUGAAGAUGACUGGAAGAGUUUUACUGAGCUGUAUGAAAACUUUCAAAAUCCAAAGAAGAGGAAAAAUCAAAGUGGAAUAAUGUUUCGACCUGGGCAGAAAGUAACCCUAGCAUAAAAUAAACUUUUUUUUUUUUUUUGUGACUUGUCUAUGUUGUAACAGUAAAUAUGGUGUCUGUAAAUUUUUUUAUUUAAUAAUUAACUUUAUAAAACUAAAGAUUUGUAAACCUGUGGUUAUAUAAUGAUAAGGAUUACUUGAGAUUAAUAUUAUAUAAUAAAUUGGGAUAUUUAUA